UUUUUGGGGGGGGGGAGGAAAUGGAGUACAGAGGUUCUCGCGAGAGUUGCUUCGUUUAUGUAGAAGGGUCUGGCGUAAGCGGUGCUUGUUAGAGAAGGGGGUCAGUGUUUGUAUCUUUUGAGAAUCACAUGUGGAAGAAGAAAUGGAAUAUAUGAAAGAGUAUACUCCCCUUCACCAGGGGAACAUUUUAUGUUGCCAGUGUGGCAUUACAAUCCCACCAAACCCAGCCAACAUGUGUGUAGACUGUUUAAGAACUCAAGUGGAUAUCACUGAGGGGAUUCCUAAGCAAGUCACUGUUCAUUUCUGCAAGCAGUGUGAAAGAUAUCUUCAACCACCAGCAGCUUGGCUACAGUGUGCUUUGGAAUCAAGAGAACUUCUUUCAUUAUGCCUUAAAAAAAUUAAGGCUUCUCUUAAUAAGGUUCGGUUGAUUGAUGCAGGAUUUGUAUGGACUGAACCACACUCUAAAAGACUUAAAGUAAAGCUGACUAUACAAAAAGAGGUAAUGAAUGGUGCAAUUCUUCAGCAAGUCUUUGUAGUAGAGUAUAUUGUUCAGUCACAAAUGUGUGAAGACUGCCAUCGAGUUGAAGCUAAGGAUUUCUGGAAAGCAGUGGUUCAAGUUAGGCAAAAGACACCACAUAAAAAGACGUUUUAUUAUUUGGAGCAAUUAAUUUUAAAGCACAGGCUUCACCAGAACACUCUUCGGAUCAAAGAGAUUCAUGAUGGUCUGGAUUUCUAUUUUGCUUCCAAACAGCAUGCUCAGAAAAUGGUGGACUUCCUUCAGUGUACUGUACCUUGUAGAAUUAAAUCAUCACAGCGUUUGAUUUCUCAUGACAUUCACAGCAAUACAUAUAAUUACAAAAGCACUUUCUCUGUUGAGAUUGUUCCAGUAUGCAAGGACAAUGUUGUGUGUUUGUCACCAAAACUGGCUCAAAGCCUUGGUAAUAUGAGCCAGAUUUGCAUCUGUAUCCGGGUAACCAGUGCCAUUCACGUCAUUGAUCCAAGUACUCUUCAAAUUGCAGAAAUAGAUGGAAAUACUUAUUGGCGCCAUCCUUUUAAUAGCUUGUUUCAUCCAAAGCAGUUAGAAGAAUUUCUUGUAAUGGAUAUCAGUAAGAUUUAUGAACAGAAGCAAGGGGCUGGCGCAGGCAUGAAAUCCAACAAGCAUAUCCUUGCGGAAGCCUGGGUUCGGAAAACAUCAGAAUUGAAUACAGACCAUCAGUAUUUCUGUCGUACUCAUUUGGGGCAUCUUCUGAAUCCUGGAGAUCUUGUAUUGGGCUUUGAUUUGGUUAAUUGUAAUCUGAAUGAUGAAUUUGCAAAUAAGAUGAAUCCCCAUAGUAUCCCUGAUGUGGUUUUGAUUAAAAAAAGUUAUGAUCGCACCAAGCGUCAACGUCACAGAAAUUGGAAACUAAAAGAAUUACAAAGAGACCGAGAUAACAUGGAUACCGAUGAUGAAAGACAAUACCAAGACUUCCUAGAAGAUCUAGAAGAAGAUGAAACAAUUAGAAAAAAUGUCAACAUUUAUAAAAAUCCAGUGAUACCAGUGGAGAGUGACGUAGAUGAUGAUAGCAUUCCCCAAAUCAGUCUCACUGAAAUGCUAGAAGACCUUGAGAUAUCUGAAGAUGCUACAGGGGAAGGAGGUGCCGAUAUGCUGAUGGGAUAAGUUAGGAGGUCUUGCUAAUUGAAUUUUGUUCUUCCUUGAAAAAUAGUCCCUAAGAAAUCUAUUAUAGGCAUUCUUGACAUGAAAAAUAAAUAAUAUUGAUAAGAUUUGCAAGAGGUUAAAAAACAAAUGCUUCUGAAAGGUAUAAUUAUAAUGGUUAAUACAAAAGGAAAAAUCAAUAGAUUUAAGUUUUUUAAAAAAUUAUAUAUCAAAUUGGUAUAUUUUCUACUAUUUCAAUAAUUUCAAUAUCUGUUCUCAGGCCUUUUGGGCUGUUUGUGUUGACAAGUGUUAACAAACCUCAAAUAAACUGGUCCUUUAAAUACAUAUCUUGCAAUUGGCAAAUGUAGGAAGUCUGAUUAAUUCAAAUUAGGAAGAUUUGAAUUGAGAUUAUUCAUAUUAUUUGAAAAUAAUGUAAAGUUCUUUAGAAGAGUAAACUUUAGAGUGUAAACCAAAAAUCUGGUUCAACAUGUUGUAGUAAGUUUUAAUGAAAUUUGAGUCAUGAAAUUAUCAUGCAGACAAUGCAAAACGUAGAUUAUAAUUAUAGUACAAUUUAACUAAUCCAUAACAUUUGAAUGACAACAUCAUGCUCCAUGAAAUGUCAUUUCUCUUUAUUCCCCAAAUAUUUUAAUUUAUACACUAUAUUUUAUGGUUUAGGACAGUAUGUGAAUAAACCAUGGUUAGAUUAGGGUUAGGGUGAUAGUGUGAUGCAUGAACCCCACAGUUAAGAAUACCAGCUACUUUAGAACUAUAUUUGUGUCCUUCAGUUCUUUCAGAAUUAUGGAAGUAGAAAUCCAGAUAGUUAGAGAAUGGUCAGGUUGGCGUAAACUGUUUAGCUUCUCCAACAGGACAUUAUUUUUAAGCCUUCUUUUUUACAUUUCAAGAACUCUUCCUUGAGUUGAGGCAGUAUCGAAUAGAUUUUCAAUGGUUUUUAAAAAUGAACAAUUCUCCUAAAUAAGGACAACACACCAUAAAAUAAUUUCAUACAAGAUUGGUAUAUAAUACAUCAUUUCAGAGUAAUUAAAUAGAAAUGAUAUCAUUGCUGAAAGGGUUUUUGUAGUAAAAAAUGCAUUUCUCAAUCCAUAUAAUGAUAUUUGGAGGUAUAGUGUUUAAAUCUCCAUAAUAUUUUACUUUAAAUGUUAUUUGUACAGCAGAUGUUACAUCAAAGGAGCCUUAAAUUACAGUUUUUACUUUUAAAAUUAAUUUGUAAAUGCUGCUGUUUCACUGUUUUAGUAAUAACUACCUUUCUUCAUUAAAAUAUCUCAAGAUUGAGCUUUUUAUUGUUGAUACUAUGUUUCAACUUCACCUCAUACUUUGUACACUUUUAAUCAGAUGUAUAUAUUUGUUCUGCAUCAAUGCUGCAAGUUCCAUUUUAUUUUCAUCGAAGUCUCCGUAAUUCAUGAAAACAUUCUUAGCACUGAAACAUAAUUAAUCUCAGCUAUAUGUUCCUGAGAAUGCAUUGUUGCCUUGCGAAAAAAGGAAAGGCAAAAUUACACUUUGUAUUUAGUGACUGCAACAUCUACCAAUGGAGUUGCCAAUCCCAAUUGUGUUCGCUAAAUGGGAAUUAACUGUCACAUUUACACAAACACUUGAUGAAAAUGAUUGGCUAGUGUGUGUUGUAGUUACGUUGUAUGAACAAUAACAAUUGCAGUAAUUCAAGGAGACAUGACUCAUUUAAUUGUAGUUAAAUAUUAUGCAAUGAUAGCCUACAUAUGAUUCAUAAUUUCAUGGUUAUAUCAGCAACACAUAACAUUCAUAGGAGGCCAGUUAAUUAAAUAUUUUGCUCUGUUAUGUCUGGAAAUGAACAGACAAAGUCCACAAAAAUUGUG